CGGCGAAGGCGGACAUCUCGAACCGGUACCAUGGCGGCCCUAAGACCUCUCACCAAGCCCAAGAUAGUGAAGAAGCGGACAAAAAAGUUCAUCCGCCACCAGUCAGAUCGCUAUGUUAAGAUUAAGCGUAACUGGCGCAAGCCCAGAGGUAUUGAUAACAGAGCCCGCAGAAGGUUUAAGGGACAGAUCCUGAUGCCCAACAUCGGUUAUGGUAGCAACAAAAAGACAAAACACAUGUUGCCCACAGGAUUUAAGAAGUUUCUGGUGCACAAUGUUAAAGAAUUGGAGGUUCUUUUGAUGAGCAACAAAACUUUCUGCGCAGAAAUUGCCCACAAUGUCUCCUCUAAAAACCGUAAGACCAUUGUGGAAAGAGCAGCACAGCUUGCCAUCAAAGUGACAAACCCCAACGCCAGACUUCGCAGCGAGGAAAACGAAUAAACUUCCUGUCUCUGAUGUUGCUCUUUGUAAUAAAUGAAAAAGUAAAGUUAAA